AUGUUUUUAGUCCUCCUUUUCUUGUCCUUGAGACCACUCUAUUCAAUCUCUUGCCCUGAAAUUGAAAAACAAUCACUUUUAAGCUUCAAACAAUCUCUAAAUGAUUCCUCAAACGUGCUGUCGUCCUGGGAUGCUAAAUUCGACUGUUGCAAGUGGGAAGGUGUUGUCUGCAAUAACUUAACUGGCCAUGUUCUUCAACUUGAUCUAGAAGGUAAUUAUUUUGGUGGCAAAAUAAACUCAUCUUUGCUCAACUUGAAGCAUUUGAAAUAUCUUGACCUGAGCGAUAACAACUUUCAUGAAAAUAUCCCUUCUUUCAUUGGAUCACUCACUAGCCUCGAGUACUUGCGUUUAGAUUAUGCUGGAUUUUAUGGAAUGAUUCCCCACAAUAUUGGGAAUCUUUCAAAUUUGUACACUCUAAGUUUGAGUGAUUCAGACCGAUUGUUGGAUGCUGAUAGUCUUGAAUGGUUGUCGGGACUUCCUAAACUAGAGAACCUCUACAUGAAUGGUGUGAACCUCAGCAAAGCAACCAACUGGGCUCAACAGGUUAUCACCAAAAUUCCUUCUUUAGUCGAUCUGGAAAUGAAAAAUUGCAGUCUUAAUUCGAUGGCUCCUCUGAAUGAUGUUAAUAAUACCAGCCGUUGUAAUUUAGCCACUCUUGUUUUCAAUUACAAUUCCCUGUCUUAUGCUAUCAUCCCUCCCUGGAUUUUUCAACUCAGCAACCUUAUCUAUCUUCAUAUGAGUAACAACUCAUUCCAAGGCCCAAUUCCAACUAGGAGCAACACCACAAAACUCCAAUACAUUGAUCUCUCCUAUAACAAAUUGAAUUCAAGCAUUCCACAGUGGCUGGGCUCCUGCAAACACCUCCUCUACCUCUAUUUGGAUAAUAAUAAAUUGACGGGGAAUUUACCAGAGAGUAUUGGGAGACUUGCUAACUUGACUCAUCUUUCCAUAAAGGAUAACAUGUUGGAAGGGGUUGUGACUGAAACCCACUUUGCCAAUCUCUCAAAUUUAGAAUCCUUGCAUGCCUCUGGAAACCACUUGAGUUUGAAAGUCAACCCCAAUUGGAUUCCACCAUUCAAAGUAGACACACUUAGUCUAAGGUCUUGGGACUUGGGAUCUCCAAUUCCGUUAUGGCUUGAGACUCAGAAAGAGAGUAUCUUCGAACUUGAUUUAUCGUGUACUGGAAUCUAUGGAAAUGUUCCCAGCUGGUUAUGGAGUUUGAGAUAUUUGAGUUAUCUCAACCUUUCGCAUAACCAACUCGACGGAAAUAUUUUAUCCAUUUCUGAUAGUGGACAUGAUUAUAAUAUUGUUGACUUGAGUUCCAACAAGUUUAGUGGUCCACUGCCUCAACUAUCUAGGAGCAGUCCAUUAUUCUUGCAUCUCAAUCUCUCCAAUAACUCAUUGUCGGGAGAUCUUUCAGAAUUUCUAUGCAACAGAUCAAUCAAUAAUCAACUGGAAAUUCUUAAUCUUAGGGAAAACCACCUGUCUGGAGAGAUACCCGAAUGUUUUAUCAAAUGGCAAGGAUUGCAAGUGUUGGACUUAGGCAACAACAAAUUGUCCGGAAGAAUACCAAAUUCCAUAGGAUUUCUUAAACAGUUAGCGUCUUUGAAUCUCCACGGCAACAAUUUCUAUGGCCACAUACCUUCUUCAUUGCAAAACUGCACGGAACUAGUGAAGAUCGACUUCACUGAUAACAAUCUUGAUGGGGACAUACCGAAAUGGAUUGCCACAAGAUUUUUCAAUUUGAGAUAUCUCAUUUUACGGUCAAACAAUUUCAACAGUGAAAUUACUCCAUCCAUAUGCCAGCUAAGCUCUCUUCAAAUUUUGGAUCUCUCAGAUAACAAGCUUUCAGGGAGAAUACCACAAUGCCUUAACAAUCUCACCGCAAUGACCACUAAAAGGGUUUUGUACAACUCCUUUUAUGAUAUACCUAUUAGAGAUUUUCCAGAAAGUGCAUCGAUUUCAUCAAAGGGAAGAGAACUCACCUACGAUAUUACUCUUUCUUUGGUUACCAGUAUUGACCUUUCAAACAACAUCCUUUCUGGUGACAUCCCAAGAGAGUUAACAAGUCUGGUGGAACUCAGAUCAUUAAACUUAUCGCGAAAUCAUUUGACAGGAUCGAUCCCGGAGAACAUUGGAAACAUGAAGCAACUCGAAUCUCUUGAUUUCUCCAUGAACUCGUUAUCGGGCAACAUUCCAGGUAGCAUCACAACCAUGUCUUUUUUGAAUAGCCUGAAUUUGUCAUAUAACCACUUGACUGGAAGAAUCCCACAAAGCACACAGAUUGGGAGCUUCAACGAGUCGAGCUUCAUUGGCAACAAUCUUUGUGACCCACCACUGAAAAUCUCAUGCAGAAAUGACGAUAAAGCCCUUCAUCCAAUGCGUGCAGAGAAUGUAGGCCGAGAAGGUAAUAAGCGAGAGAUUGAUUGGUUCUACGUAUUCCUAUCUGUAGGAUAUGCUGUUGGGAUUUCAGUUGUCCUCACUACAUUGUUUUUCAAUAACAAAUGGAGGGAAGCGUAUUAUGCAUUCCUUCAACAAGUGUGGGACAGUGUGUAUGUGUAUUUUGUUAUCAAAUGGACAAGGCUCACGAGAGUGUUGGGUCGAAAUUCAUGA